UAUUAUAUAUCAGUGGUCCCUCACUCCUAGCCGUAGCAAACAACAUCGCUGUUGACGCUUGAUCGAAGAGGUGUUGUUAUUUUAGUGUCUAAUUAAAGUUUCGACUCUAUUCUACUUGAGGACGGCAGAAUGGGUGAUGAGGAUAUCAUCAGGAGACGUCUCAUGAUAGACGGAGAUGGCACAGGUGAUGUUCGUCAGCUUAUGAUGUUCAUGAAGGCAUUUAUUAAGUGGUGUGGAAGUGAUGAUACAUCUCAAGAAAGUCAAAACCAGUAUGAUCGACUUUUAACGCAGUUGGCUGGCAUUGAGCACUCAUCCCUCAAGUGGAAGGGGAUCAUUGAUAUGAAUGAGCUAGAAAUUAAGCAUUAUGAUGGCCUCAGAGAAGAAACUAGCAAGAAUGUGAAGAAAGCUUGUGUAGCAAUAGAAGAUGCAAAGCAAGAGUUAGAAGAAGCUAGACAAGUCCGUAGAAACCGCCUGGAGUAUGAUGCUCUUGCAAAGUUGAUCAAAGAGCAUCCACCACGUUCAGAUACAGCAGAUAAACUCACCCUCUUGAAUCAACAGCUGCAGUCAUUAAAGGCCAAGAGGGACUCUUUGGAGGAGAAACUUAGUCUUCGUCGUAAACAGCUUCAUGUUUUGGUUAAGCUGUACCAGCUCAAGCAAACACUUCAUGAUGAUUCCACUCCAGUGCAUGAUGCAGAUGCAGGAAAGCACCCUCUGGUAGACUUAGCAGAUAGCCCAGUUGUGGUUGAUCUUACUAGCACUCAGGAAAUGGAUACUACAUAAUGGUUUUCAUAGUUUUCAGUUCUGGCAUUUGUAAAACUUGCAUUGUAUGUUUAUGUACUAAGUUUAGAGAUUUCAGGAAAUAAUUUUUUUUUUAUUCCUUUGCUACUUUUACUUUUAAUCCUGAGCUGUUAUAAUACGU